AAUGAUACAGAAGUGCUUUGACACGGCCAUCUUCAGGGAGAUCUUUCUUUUACUUCCCACUGAGAUACAGCCCUGGUAUUCCUAGUAGUCUCCCACACAAAUACUAGUCAGGUAUAAGUUGCUUACAUUUUUGAGAUCUGGCAGGGUCAGAGAGGUGCUGCUCACUAUAUGAAGUAAAUAGUAAUGGUGUUAAGAAUCCAUGUAUUCCCCCCAUGCCACUCCCAAUGGCCCUAUGUAGGUGUUUUAGAAAGAAAUUAAUUGAUGGGAGCUGGCAGAAGCCAGUAUGUGUGUGGAUUCUGCAGUAGUUCUCUUUCAACGGCAGGUACUACUCACGACCAACCAGACUGCUGGAGAAAGUGUUUUGCAUGGAUCCCUUGCACUCGACGAUGCAUCUGUGUAUCUGCCAUUAGUCUUACUAUACUUGGUAUAAUCGUUGCUAUCAUCGCAUUGGCUGUGACCCUUGGCAUUCCUCCUCCUACCCCAGUUAACCGUUUAUGUGUGACUACCAAUAAUCAGACAGGCUUUUUAUGUGAUAACAGAGAGACCUGCAUUCCAGCCAGCGAAGUUUGUGACACAAGAAAAAAUUGUGCAAAUGGAGAAGAUGAACAAAAGGCAUUAUGUAGUGAUUUGCCAAAAAGUCUUCCUGGACACUUGAUAUUUUAUUGCAACAAUCGCAGGUUUUGGAUCUACGCAGACAAAAGAUGUAAUGGGUUUAAUGACUGUGGAGAUUGUUCUGAUGAAAUAGGGCCACAAGCCAACUGUCCUCCUUGUGGAACUCAAUCAUGGAGAUGUACCCUGGUAGUCUUCUACGAUUAUUGUACCUGCAUUCCUAGAAGUCUUUGCCGAGAUGGAAUACAACACUGCUUUGACUGGUCUGAUGAAUACUUGUGUACAAGAUAAGCAGAUAAGGACUAUAACAUUGGAGAAGAUGAAAAGAGCAAUCCACCAAGCACCAUGCUGUGGUGGAAUUGCAGAUAAUUUUAAAGGGUCUUCACAAAGAAUAUUUUAUGCAGUACUGGAUAUGCUCAUCUCUAUCAGUUGCUGUUGCUCUUUAUAGCAUUUGCCCUGCUUGGUUGCAGGAUCCACUUGUUUUGCGCUGCACUCACCUAGUUCUCACAGUGAAGCUAUCAGUCCAUGAUGGAACAAAGGGUUCUUGGUUUUCAUCCAGUUUGUCACAGAGCCAGAUCCUGCUGUUUCCGGAUCAGUGACUUGUUCAAAUUCAGUCUUUAUAAUCUUCAAAUCUUGCACAGAUGCUCAUAUACCAGUAA